AUGGAGUUAAAAAAGAAUUAGAAGAGGCAAAAAAAGAAUAUGAAAAGUGAAUAUAAGAAGGAAAGAAAAUGCUGUUCAGCUAAGAGGAUUAAAAAAAUCAAAUAUUAAAAAAGUAAAAAUUGGUUGUUUGAGUCAUGGUAAAUCAUUAAAAAUUUAAUUUAAAUACAUUCAAACAAUUAUAGGCAUUUCUGGAUUAAUUUUGGAAAUUAGAAUUGUCUUCUAUGA